AGAUCACACCGGCCACUAACGCAUGACCCGGGCAACACUCCUGCCUCUCCGUGAGCACGAACCUUGCAUGAGGAUUCGGGGGGGACUUUCGCAGGCAACUGCUGCCCGCGGCAUAAAAGUUCUCAUCUCCCCAGCCGCCGCCGCCGCCACAAUUACUGCCGGCGCCUCGGUCCCCCUCCUCUUUCCCGUCCGGCGGCCUCGUCGGCGGCAAGAGGAGUGGGGACCCGUCCGUCUUGUUUUAUUUUUCUUAGGUUUUUGUUUCUCCGGUGGCAUCGACGAGGUGGUGGCGACGAUGGCGUGUUGGAAUAAAGUCUCUCCGGUCUCUCCCUACCUCGACGACUUCCGAUUCGGCGCCGGCGAAGGGCCUGUGAGAGUUUGUGUCCCCAGAUCGGUUGGUUCCCUUCAGAUCUUGGCAGUUGGUGUGUCUUUCAAGGAGUACUUUUGGCUGGCGUUUGGUGUGGCGACCUCGACAUCUUCUUCUGUGUUGUUCUGUGGCUUAACCCGGUUUCUCCAACCCUCUGAUCUGGUGGUGGUGGAUUGCAAGCUUGUUCUGCUUGGGGUGAUGCUCCAGCCGAUGCUGCUUCAACGACUUUUAGAUCUCGUCUCAAGGGGCGAGUGGCUAUUGCGGUCUUCAAAGCCUUGUGUGGCGAGGGCAUUUGCAGGUUUUGCUUUUCUUUGCUGUUGGUUCAGUGCAAUUUUCAAUCACCGGCGGGCAGCGUACAAUCAGAGGAAGAAGAAGACUAAUUUAAGAUGCCCUUUGGGUCAGCUGGAACUGGGCGAGGGCACUGGCUUGGUCUACGUGGGCACGAAGAGAAGUGAUGGUCAGGAUAUAACGAUUUCAAGCGCGAACAUGGGAAUCUGAAUCGUCUCGGUCCAUGGAUCGCAGUUUAUAAAAAUAGUAUAGGAGUACUUUUCAUGGAUCAUGCAUUCUCCAUGACCACCUUGUUUUCGUACAUCCGGCGACAAAGCAAAUAAUAUACUGUCCGCAAACAAGUUGCAUUCGGUC